AGAUAUUACAUAAAAGAAGAGUUGUGUAAGAAUGAGAUAUUUUCCCAUCCACAAAUCUCGCACCUGAUUCCAUAACAAAAAAAUUCAUCUUCUUCUUCAACGCACAUCUAGUGACUUUUUAUAUGUCCGUAUACGUUGUCUCUCCCAAUAGUUGAAAGAUCUCUUGACGAACUUUUUUUUGGAAUUUUCUUGGGGUGGCAAAAGUCAUUAAAAACACUAAUCAUGUUUAUGUACCUCUUGAAGACGUUUUUGCGUUUACUUUAAACCACACAAACGCGUUCGAAUGGGUAUUCUAACGACGACGAAGACUUAUACUAACUUCGAUUUUGGUGUUGGUUUUAAACAGUUUGUGUACGGUAACACUUUCGUAGUUCUCGAUGCUUUCUGGGGUUCUCUCUCUAAUCUCUUCUUCUCAUUCAGAGUUAAUUCAGACAAAGAGACAAGCUUGGUCGUGUUCAAGAAACAUAACACAAGCGAUUCCUCUGUUUACGGAGAUCAAAAUCAAAUUGGUGGAACACAAGACGAUGAUGAGAUGGAAAGCUCUCUGGUUUCGAUUAGCAAGAGAUGCGAGUUUUAUUCCGACAAGAAAAGUAUCGUUGGUUUUGUAGAAGAGCCUAAAGCGUUUACCUUUAAGUUUCAUGAUUACUCUGCUACUGUUCAGGAGGAGGAGAUGAAGAAGAAGAAGACUGUGAGAUUCUCGGAUAUUGAGGAAUCGAACACGACUUCCAUGGGUUUGGAGAAAUCAGAAUCAGAGGAUUUUGUGAAGGAACACGUGAAAGAAGAGAUGUUGGUUUAUGAGUUCAUGAAUUGUUGUGUCUUAAAAGAACUUUUAGAUCACGAAGAAAACUUGUUUGAUGAUGAUGAUGAUGGGUUUAUAGAACUCAAUCCAAGUUUACAGAGAUCUCACUUUGCUUAUGGAGAAAGAGAAGAAGAAGAAGAGUUUAUGCAGAGAGAAGAAGAGCUGAUGAAUAUGGGGUUUGAUGAACAAGAAGAGGUAUAUGAUGAGUAUGAUGAUGGUUCAGAUUCAGAUGAUGAUGAGUUUGAGCAUAGUGAUGUGAUUGAGAAACUGAAAACAGAACUAAGGACUGCAAGAACAGGAGGAUUAUGCACCAUUCUUGAGGAAUCAGAGACUACAUUGGAAGAGCUGAAACCACUCAAGAUUGAUUCAAAACCAGAUCAGCACAAAGACAGAAUCUCUGAAAUUCACAAGGUUUACAAGAGCUAUGCGGUUAAGAUGCGAAAACUCGAUGUCAUCGAUUCUCAGACGAUGCAUUCCAUCAGUUUGCUAAAGCUAAAAGAUUCACCUAAACCAAGCAAAAACAAAGCUAAAGCGCCUAAAUCUCCUCUGCAUCAGAAUCUGUGGCCAUUCAAGAAACAUAAGCUUGAAUGCGAUCCGAUUGAGAAAGAAGCUAGUAGAGACUUUGAGACUGUCUAUGUAGGCCAACUUUGUCUCUCGUGGGAGAUGCUUCAAUGGCAAUACGCUAAAGUCUUGGAGUUUGAUUCUCAGGUUCCUUUUUAUCAAUACAAUUUAGUAGCUGGAGAGUUUCAACUAUUCCAAGUUCUGCUUCAACGGUUUGUGGAGAAUGAACCGUUUCAGAACUCAUCUAGAGUUGAGACUUACUUAAAGAACCGUCGCCAUUUUCAUAAUUUCCUUCAGAUUCCCCUUGUAAGAGAUGACCGUUCCUCGAAGAGUAAUAAGAAAUGUAAAUAUGAAGGAGAAUUCGCGGUAAAGAUUGAAAUGUUGAGAGAGAUUAUCCGAGAGUCAAUGAGUGUUUUUUGGGAGUUUCUUUGUGCAGACAAAGAUGAGUUUACUUCAAUGAUGAAAGUUUCUCACCAAACUCAAGUCUCUCCACAAGAUCCUCUAGAUCUUGAGCUCUUGACAGAUAUCAGAACUCAUUUCCAAAAGAAGGAGAAGAAGCUAAAGGAAAUACUAAGAAGCCAAAGCUGUAUAGUAAAGAAGUUAAAGAAGAAUGAGUCGAAGAGUAGUGUUGGAAUCAAGGAUGACAUACUGAUAGCUCAAAUCGAACUGAGACUUGUUUCAAGAGUGAUGAACAUGUCAAAACUUACCACUGAGAAGUUAGUUUGGUGUAGGGAGAAACUUGACAGGAUCAGCUUCAACGGUCGAAAGAUUCACAUGGAACCAUCUUUCUCUUUGUUACCUUUUUGAGCCUUCUCUGCAUAUAAGAUUUAGAUCAUAGAUGUUGGAACAUUUUGGCUUCAUCAGAUCCAGGAAGAUGUCUUUUUGUUGUUGUUCCUGAGAACAAAAUUUUAUAUCAUAAUGAUGAUAUAUUGUAGCUUAGUUUUGUGAUUUUCUCCUUCUACAUUUUAUUACUACAGUUGAUUAAUCUAUGAUUAGUUGAAUAAAA